AGAUUAGAUCAGAUGAGAUCAUAAGAAGAAGAAGAAGAGAGAGAAAAAAGAACGAAGAAAGAAAUAUAUAUAUAUAUCGAUGGCGGUGGUGACGGUGUACGGCCCAACCUACGGUAAUCCGAAGAGAGUGAUCGCUUGUCUUGAGGAGAUCGGGAUUCAAUACGACGUCGUCCAUGUCGAUCUUUUCAAAGGAGAGCACAAAUCACCUCAAUUUCUCAAAUUGCAGCCAUUUGCUAUGCUUCCGGUUAUUAAAGAAGGGGAUUAUACGCUAUACGAAUCCCGGGCAAUCAUAAGAUACCUAGUGGAGAAAUUCAAAUCUCAAGAACAUCAACUCAUGGGAACGACAAUAGAGGAGAGAGGACUCGUCGAACAAUGGAUAGAAGUCGAAGCCCAUCAUUUCGAUCCACCCGUCUUCGACUUGGUAAUGCAAGUUGUGUUGGGUCCGAAAAUGGGCAUAACGCCUGAUCCGGCGCGCAUUAAAGAAAAUGAGGAGAAACUCAGCCGUGUGCUCGACAUUUACGAGGAGAGGUUGUCCACGAGCAAAUAUUUGGCCGGCGAAACAUUCAGCUUAGCCGAUCUUAGCCACUUGCCUUUUGGACAUUAUUUGACGAACCACAUGCCCGGGAAGGAGUAUUUGGUUAGGGACCGGAAGCACGUGAGCGCUUGGUGGGAUGAUAUAAGCGCUAGGCCGUCGUGGAAGAAGAUUAUAGAGUUGUAUCCGUAUCCGGUUUCAAAGCAGAAUUGAUCGUUGUCGUGGUCGUGGACGUGGCCUUAGUGAUGUUCUUGUUUGGAAGCUCUUUACUAAAAAUAAAGUCGAAAUAAUGGUAUCUUGAAACAAUCUAGAGGUUAUAAAAGUGUGGUUUGAGUGUA